AGCCAGUGUUGGUCAGCGGGAGGCCCUGUGCAACACUCGAUUUUUGACAUUAUCGCAUUUCGGCACAACGGUCACAUUGUAAUUUUUUAUAAACAAAAACAAAGUUCGAAAUAUGUCGAAACAGUAUGGCCUCAUUAUACCGGGGCAACAGAAGACGGCUCCCGUGAAGACGCCGGCUGCGUCGAAACCCGCCAUUUUCAACGAAAGUAGCUCCUCCGAGAGCGACGACGACCCAAAGGCCCCGCAGCUAAAAGCAAAGGGUCCCAGCGUGUCCAGCGGUCCCAGCCUGAUGGAGCGGCGCGUGGCCCGCCGGCAGCAGGAGAAGGCGCUGGCCGAGGACCCAACUAUUUUCCAGUACGACGAGCUGUACGACGACAUGGAUCGCGGCCGCGAAGAGGCCAAGCAAACCAAAAGCCAGGAGCCGCGCAAGCCCAAGUACAUUGGCCGGCUGAUGCAGCAUGCCGAGCGGAGGAAGAUGGAGAGGGAGCUGCGCAUCGAGCGGCAGGUGCAAAAGGACCGCGAGGCCGAGGGUGAGAAGUUCAAGGACAAGGACACCUAUGUCACGGCUGCGUACCGCAAAAAACUUGAGGCAAUCCGCCAACUGCAGGAGCAGGAUCAGCGGGACGAGUAUCUUGAGGCCAUUGGUGAUGUUACCAAGCAGAAGGAUCUAGACGGUUUCUAUCGGCACCUUUACGAGCAACAGCUGGGCACCGACACCGCCGAUAAAGAUGUGAUGAAGCCCAAGACUGCCCCGUCCACGGAGGAGGUCUCAUACAAGCCCAUCAAGGCGGAGGCCCCCAAGCAUAGAAGCUACCGGCAACGCCGCUCGUCCGAGGAUGAAGACUCCAAAGCAAAGUCAGGCGAGGGUCCUGCAUCCGAAGAUCAGACGGAGGCCAAGCCAGCUCAGGCUCAUCUGGCCAACAAUAUAGAUGCCGACUCUGACUUCAGCAUAGAUGACUCCAGCGACGAAGAGGAGCAGGAGGAGACUGAGAAGACUAAGGAUAAGCCUCAAUCACAGGGCAAAAAUAAGGGGGAAAAAGAAAAGCAGCAGGCCAACGGAAAAGCCAGCAAAGAAAAGGAACCAGCAGAAGCAGGAGUAAAGGAUAAACGCUCGAAAGAGAAGAAGGCCAAUGGCGAAGCCCACAAGGAUAGGGAUGCCGAUGCGGAUGCGGAUGCCGAUACCGAUGCCGGAAGUGAGAAGGAUGAGAGGGAUCUACCCGUACCGACAGUCACCAAACCGCCCGUUGACCGCACUCUCAUUUGGCGCAAGAGGACCGUGGGCGAGGUCUUCGAGGCGGCAUUGGCACGAUACCAUGAACGUAAGCGGGCACGCCAGGGCUAAAACGCAUCCAAUUAAAGUUCGAGUUGAUGGAAGAGCAAACAACUGAUUUCUGUAUUGUCUCCUUAUUAUGCUAAUUUCAAUUUGUCUCCCCCGCCGCCGCCACCGCCGCCGCCGCAGCUACUCAUAAAUUAUUUAUGUGUGUGCCGACGCUCUCAGCGAAACCCUUUUGGUGCAAAUAUUUUGCAUAAGUUGCAACAGAGGAGUCGAGUCCCACACUUUGUCUCUAAGCAGGGGGAAAAAAGGAAAACAAGAAAAUGAAAAUGAAAAGUACAAGCCAUGACGGAUGGGAACCGCAGGAAAAGUGUGGGGGCCAAAACGCUAAAGGAUGAGGAAGUGCCUGAAGAAGCAGAACGCGAAGAUAUUCCAUUUAUUUUGUAUGACGACGACACGACGACGACGACUACGACGACAAGUAGAGAGCCAAAAAAGAAACUAGAGCAUACGGUAAGCUCGAAGGAACGAAGAACAGGAUACCCCAUACAAGAGGUUACUACAAAGAGUCCUUCUUCCUUUUAAAUUCCCUUUCAAAAUUGUUAACAUAUUCUUAUUGUCUUGGAAAUAGUUAUUUCAAGUCCUAGGAAACUCCCAGCUAAGUUUAAGUUAUUCUUUAAAGACAUUAAAGUCCUGAUACCUAAAUA